UUGUCUUUGGUUGAUCAUUAUGAGAUGAGGGAUAUGCCUACUACUGCUAAGUUAAAUAAAGGUUCUGUACAACUACAACGUGAAGUAGAAUUGAACGCAGAUGCAGUUCCAAAAGGUGUGCAUACUUGUGAGACAGUCAGUGUAAUUGAUCAGCGUGUAGCCCACCUAUCAUCAGAUGAUAGUGCUAAACCCGAACUAGUAGUGAAAGACAGCAGUGGUGGUAAUCUUGCAGUUGGACAACUAUCUGAGAGCCGAACAAGAACAGCUUCUGAUCCACCACUAAGUUCAUCACCUUGUGUCACUCAGUCAUCGUUGGUGCUGUCAUCCACAAUGAAACAGACACCCAUCAACUCAAGUAUCUUGUGCAAUGACUAUGGUAGUAUCAGUUCGUUUGAAAGGACGAAUAUCAAUGGUCAGUUUAGUGUGGAUAAGCCAAGUGUAAAGGAGAGAGUUAUUGUUAAAUUGACUUGCACGAAUAAAGGCAUUUCUAGUUUCAAGUUACUAUUUGAAUGUUAUUAUCUUUGGUGUAAAUUACUCUGUUUCUACACUUGGUUGAUGAGAUAUGUCGUGUGUUUGUUGGUCAUCUAUAUUCUACGAUACAAUGACAUGGGCGUGUUGCCGUUCAGAUUUGAGGAUAUAGCUGAUAGAAGGAAGUUAGCAAAUGAACUCUGCGACGAUUUUCCAACCUAGGGCGUCAACCUGAGAAGGGUUGUAGGCGUACUGGUGUAAGUCCUACAGUUCUUCAAGGGUAGUUUGUCGUGUCAGAAUCCACAACAUUUGAUGUGUUGAUUGUACAUAUGUUUGUGUUAAAUAGUUGUGUGAGUUCCAAUUGAUGUAAUUGUUGGUUAAUCUUGUUUGUGUCUGGACAUUCCACAACUUACAAUCGUCAACUUGAGAUGGGUUGUAGGCGUACUGGUGUAAGUCCUCCAAUUCUUCAAAAUAAUUCCACCAAGACAUGAUCGGCGAGGUUAUUUGUACUGUUUGUGUAUACGUGUGGUGUGUCUUCGCAAUUUGUGAUUUUGGAUCAGUUGUGUUUACUCGUUGUUUUCGUGCCUUGUUUUUAUUGCAUAAUUUUGUUAAAAUUUUCGUCGUGAUUACUUCUGAAGUUGUUUCUUGUCUUCUACAUCCAUGAAUGAAUUGAUUGAUGUUAGAGACAGCAGAUGGGUCGUAUACGCCGGAGAGGCUAGGCUAUUGCUGAGAAUGAAACGCACACGGAGAUAAUUGUUAGCUGCGGUCCGACACGCCGGGGAGAAAGAGUGUA